AUGCCGGAUGCGUGGUCCACCAUCACUCGUGGAGACUAUGCCAACAUGUUCCUGGCAGGCCUUUUCGACGGGCAUUGGUGCUGGAGGGGUGGCCUAGCGGUGCGGGUCUCGAAUUUGUUUGAUGCAAGGUGCCUCUUCGUGCCGAUGUCAGUCAAGGCACUUCGUGUGACCCGAGCUUUCGAGCUGGGGGCGAAAUGCGACACUUGGGGCUCCGGCGACCUUGCGAUGGAAGCCCGGGCCACUUUGGCGUCGCACGGUCGGCCGGAAGCUGCACCCACGCAGCCCACCAUUGAACAGUGUACAGCCUGGUUAUGGCUCGGGGCAGUACCAGCAGGCCUGAUAUCUGGCAUGAAGAGGUGCAUAGAGAUGCCCGCUGUGGCGGCCUUGGACAUGCAUGUCGAAGAAGAGCAGUUUGUUGCAGACGACAGCAUAAGAACUGUCCACAAUAUUGAGGUGUUCCUGUGCUGGUUCAUCCCUAGCGUCGUCUUUGCAGCAGCAUCUGGCCUGGCGUCUUCCAGUUUGGAAACCUAUUACCCCAUCAUUGUCUAUGCAGCUUUUACGCUCCUCGGGCUGGGCUACCUCCUCUGCCUGCACGUCAUCUCCCUCAUGCUGCGGAGGUACUUGGCAGGGCGCACGACUGUGUUUCCCUUCUGGUACAUCUUCCUAGGUGUUGCGCUGUCAGUGGCGCUGGUCCUUUCCGUGUGCUUUGCGCGCUUGAACUAUUCCAAAAACAUGCUGGCGUCUGAAACGCUGCAUCGGUUGGCUAUGGCAUCCAAUGUCGAUCCAGCUACCGACUCAAGUAGCCGAUACUUGGACAUCGGCCGCGUAGAAUUUGCACCGGGUGCACAAAUCGACGUUGGCAAGUACAUAGGUUUCAAGAACAGCGAUCUCUACUGUGUAGCGCCCAUCACCAACAAGAAUGCCACCAAAGCCCCGGCCAGCUACGACUAUUGGGCUGUCGGUCUUAAUUGCUGUGACCAAAACGGCUUCCGCUGCGGGGAGUACGACAAGCCGUCGGCGCGAAGUGGCGUCCGGCUGCUGAACGAGGAACAGCGGCAGUUCUAUGUCCUGGCAGUGAAGGAGGCUGAGGCCACUUUCGGCAUCACAGCUACGACACCCCUGUUCUUCUUCUGGGUAGAGGACGCCAAUGCCCUCCAAAAAUCCUGGAAGGACAAAGCGAUGCAGUACUGGCUGCUGGCCUGCCUCACCUUCACCGCCUUCAUGUUUGUUGCCACUGUGGCUGGGGUCGUGUACUUUGAGUCCUUCUACGUGACCUUCUGGUGA